UAGCGUCCAAAUACAUGGAUAUCAUCCAAAAUCCAUAAUGGAUGGUAGUGUCCAACAUCAUGGAUACCAUCCAAAAUUCAUAAUGGAUGAUAGUGUCCAACAUCAUGGAUACCGUCCAAAAUCCAUAAUGGAUGGUAGACCUUCCAAACCCUAAUGGAUGAUGCUAGGGUAAGAUGACCCAUAGAUUGUUGUCUUAGUCAACAUGGAUACCGUCCAAUUUGUUUUGUGUACAGUGACCGUCCAAUGGUCAAGUUACAUGAUUACGUGUCGAGGUGGUUACCAGAAGCAGCACAUGACUUGCAAAGGGCGCUCGGAGGAGUUACUGGAUGCUACGUGGAGCUGAUUUUCGGGAAGAGAGAGAGAAGGUGGUUAGAGGACAAGGCACAAUAAAACUCACAGCAAGACUCUCGAGGAAGGACAGACAAAUCAAACCACAACAAGUCUCGUCAAAAUUUAUAUUUUCUCUCUAUAACAGUAACCGUAGCCGUAGCCAUAGCACCAGUGACCCUCCAACGAGGAUUUUCUGUUAGUUGUAGUCAGUAGUUGCGGAGCUCUCAAGGAAUCUCCAUAGGAGUGAAGGUAAAAGUAGCCAGUUCCUUUGAUGUAUGCAUUGAACACCCUUAUUCAAACAGUGUUUGAAGAGGUGUGAACCGAGUAACAUCAUUUUCUAUUUUAUUGAAGUCAGAGUGCAUUGAUCACGCGAAAUUCCACCUGAAACACCCUCUAUUCAUCCCUACCUGAUCAAUUUAGAAAUUCCCCUUCUUGGCAUAGACCAGGAAACCGGAUCGUACCGGUCGGUUCAACCGGUUCAACCGGAAAUUGGAUCAAAAGCGGUACGGUGGGCUGAUUGUGCUGAUUUUACAGUGCCGGCCGGUUUUUUCGGUUUGACCGUUUGAACCGGCCGGUACGAUCCGGUUUCCUGGUCUAUGAUUCAGCUUCAUUUCUACGUAUUCUCGUCCAAUAUGUGGAAAAUAAUUAAAAAAGAAUAUUAUUUUGCUAUUUUUCUAUGUUGAAAAUGGGUCACCGUGGUUGUAUAAUGCUCUAUUUGGUUCUUUUUUUUAUGGAUUAUAUUUUUUAUACUAUCGCAUUUCAUUUCUCUAUCAAUAGUGAAAAACGGUAUUUACCGGUACAAAACGGUUGAACCACGAUCGUACCACAAAAUAUCAUACCAGAAAGGAAUCCGAUAUGAUGUCUGGUACGGUUUCCUUUACCAUGUUCUUGGAUCGGAAAGUAUCGGAUGCCGAGUAGAAUUGUCAUCCCUACACGAAAAAAAAAAAAAACAAAUAUUGGACCGGUCGGUGUUAGAAGACAUCGGACAAGCGAGCUGGGGUUAGGGUUCGAGUGAAGCCCAGGAAAGGGCUAAGAAAUGGGCAAAAUAGCCCACUAGAAUAAAAUUUUAAAUUACAGUUCGGUCCAUACAUUUUAAAUAGUUGAAAGAAAUGCUUAUACAGGUCGCGGCGCCCCCGAUAGUCCGAUACGACCGAAAAAACCCCUUCCAAAACCCUAGAAGGAGAGCUCAGCUGAAGGAGCUUUUACAAUGGCGCAGACGGAGCAAACCACCACCGCCAUCUCCACAACCUUCAAGGUGAAGCCAAAGCUUCAAUCCAAACCUCGAAAUCCAUCGAAAACCCUAGAAUCGAAGUACUGGUCUUCGUUCAAGUCCACCAGGAUCGAGAAUCUCGUCUCAUCAAUCCCUUCAAUCGAGUUCUCCCCCAAAUCCACCGGCCGCGGUGUCUUCGCCGCUGCCAAUUCGGCUUCUCUUACCUUCUUCUCCGCUCAAGACUUCUCCACCGUCUCCACCAUUUCCUGUUCCGAUGUGGUUACCUCCUGCUCCUUCCGCUCCGACGGCGCUCUCAUUGCCGCAGCCGACCUCACCGGCCAAAUUAGGGUAUUCACCACCAAGUCGAGGACUCCGCUCCGCCGCCUCCGAUCCCACACCCGCCCCGUCCGCUUCGUUCAGUACCCAUCCCUCGACAAGCUCCACUUGGUCUCAGGCGGCGACGAUGCGAUCGUCAAGUACUGGGACGUCGGAGCCGAGGCCGUGCUACAUAACUUCCAGGGCCACAAGGACUAUGUCAGGUGCGGCGACUGCUCCCCGGUCGACGCCGGAACGUUCCUCACUGGUUCUUACGACCACACCGUCAAGCUGUGGGAUGUGAAGGCAGACAACAACGGGAAGAAGCCGGUACUCGAAGUGAACCAUGGGAAGCCGGUGGAGGACGUGAUGUUCUUGCCGUCGGGGCUAAUGUUUGCCACUGCAGGUGGCAACAGUGUCAAGUUAUGGGAUUUAACAGGCGGGGGAAGGCUGGUACAUUCAAUGGAGAGCCACAACAAGACAGUGACUUCACUCUGCUUGGGAGUCAUUGGGAAAGAGGGCGGAGAGGAAGCUAGCCAGUACAGAAUACUUAGUGUAGGUCUAGAUGGAUAUAUGAAGGUGUUUGAUUAUGCCAAAAUGAAGAUCACUCAUUCUAUGAGGUUCCCUGCUCCACUGAUAUCAAUUGCCAUCUCUCCCGAUGGCAACACCAGAGCCAUUGGUACUUCAAAUGGGUCGAUAUUUGCAGGGAAGAGAAAGGUGAAGAAGGAUGAUGAUGAUAUGGAACAGGAUGCAGAGUAUGGAGUUCUGAAGGGGCUGGGGAACGGAGAAGAAGCGCAAAGGAGGCUGCAGAGGGUUGUAAGGCCUGGGAGCUUUCGGUACUUCCAGAGAGGCCAGGGCGAGAAGGCAAAAGAAGGGGACUACUUGGUUGCUAGAGGGAAGAAGGUGAAGCUGGCGGAGCACGAUAAGCUGCUGAAGAAGUUUCGGCAUAAGGAGGCCCUCGUGGCCGUGUUGGGGAAGAAGGAUCCGGAGAAUGUGGUUGCGGUAAUGGAGGAACUGGUGGCAAGGAGGAAGCUGAUUAAGUGUGUGAUGAAUUUGGAAGUGGAAGGGGAGCUCGGUUUGCUGAUGGGGUUUCUGCACAAGUAUGCUACCGUGCCGAGGCAUUCACGGCUGCUCAUGGGACUGACGAGGAAAGUGCUGGAGUUGCGGGCUGAUGAUAUUAGGGCUUCAGAGGGAUUGAAGCUUUGUGUUAGGAACCUCAAAAGAUCAGUUGAUGAGGAGAUUAGGAUACAACAGUCUUUGCAAGAGAUGCAGGGUAUCAUUUCUCCCCUCUUGAGAAUUGCUAGCAGAAGAUAGAUUCUCUUAUGUUUUGAGUUCGUUACCCUUUGAUUUGGUUUCUCUGUUUUUUUUUCUUUUGAGUUCUUCCCUGUGUCGAUUUUGUUCUCUGAGCCACAGUGCGUGCAAUGAGUUUUUAUCAGUUUUGGGACCUUGUAUUCCUGCUCUGUACGCUGACAUUCCCCUUCAUUAUCAAAGGCUUUGCUGAUUGUAUUAGGUUAACCCAUCUGUCUUAGGUUUUCAUUAGGGUCUCAAAUGGUUGACAAAUGUAAGAACGAAUUGCGGUUACAGACUGAAUCUGAGCAAAAAACCAAAGGAUCAAAUGAUACAAGUAUACAUCGAAUGGUAGUAAGUUUUAAUAAUCUUCUAGGAUGCAUUCAUGUUAAGUGGUUACUUCCAUUCCACAUUACCUACUUGCCGACAGUCCCAAAUGGAGGCAAUAGAAGCAUAGAACCCAAGUAGGUUACUACCAUCCCACGCUACUUCUGUUCCACAAAUGCAGAGACCUUUCAGUGUACAUGCAUCCAUUUGCUAUCGUGGAAUUACAGUUCUCACCGGUAGGGGCGACAAUGGGGCGGGUUUUGCCAAACUCAAACCCAAAUCCAUGGGUUUAUCCGCCAAAAGAUCCGGGGUAGGGUUUUACAAACUCAAACCCAACCCAACCCGCUGGGUAGCCGCGGGUUCAUGGGUACCCGUGAUUUUCACGGUAAAAAAUUUACAAUAACAAGUUUCUUCCAAAUAAAAGUCUAAUAUCAAUUUUCUCAUAAAAAUUAUCCAUACAAAAAAACACCAAUCUAGAGCAUACAAGCAAACCGCAAAUUAUCAAUACAAAUUGUUCAAAAUU